AUGGCGCCUCGCACACGGGGGUCUCGCAAAGCUGCUCGUGGGCCUAAAACCCCGGAGCCCUUCGCGACGACUGACAUUCAACCCCCUUCUCCUCCGCGACCGCGAUUCCGACUCAGGCGACGAGCUCCCUCGUCAAACCUCAAGGCUCCCACCCAGCAGUUUCUCGCGUCCGUUGCGACGGCAGACGUACCCAUUCCAAGCAUCGAGGAGCCUCGCCCGGUUGACGAAGACAUGGUGGAUACGCUCAGCACAAACUUCCCUCGAUUCAGCCCCUACCAUCUGGCCGUCCCCGACGAUGGCGCCUUGCCGCGCGGGAGGGCCUAUUCUCCUCCCAAGACUCCCGCUCCGCACGCUGUUCCCUCGCUGUCACCCAAACGGUUUCCCAACUGGUCGCUCGACCAGGCCUACAGCAGCCUUGAGUCGAGCCCAGAAUGCGACAGCCGCCCGUCAACGGCGCAGUCGACGCAGACGAGCAGCUCGCUCUUCAGCCGCUACUCGCUGCACUCAGACAACCUCAGCCAGUACAGCAUUGACGCCGACGACGCCGACCAGCAUGGCUCUUCGUCAAUUGAUGACGGCAACAAGACUAUCACGCUUCGCGUCCCUGGCGCUGCUGCUGCGGCUGCUGGCGCGUCAAGCAGGCGUUCGCGCAGGGCCCCGUGGACCAGGUCCAUGAGCCAGCACCUCUGGUCCGUCUACAUGACGUACCUGCAGGAUCCCCACGUCACACCAUUUCACAUUGGCAAAAGCGGCAUUCCUCCUCACGGAGUAUGCACGCGCGUCGCCAGGGAAGCCAAGCGCAGCUGGAAAGGCUCCAAGCCCCAGCAGGCCAAGGCCGCCGCCGCCGCCGCCGCCGACCACAGCGGCAGCGCGACGCCCACCGUUGGGGCUGCGCCGGCAUCGUAUGUGCAGUGGCCGCACAGCUGCGCGGCGACUCGUGCGCAUCUCAGGGAGCUCUGCAAGGCGAGGGCGACGGCUGCUGCGCGCAGCCAGCGCUACACGGGCCGCAACCCGCCGCCGUUCGGCCGCGCCUCCAAUCGGUACUGGAACCGCCGAAUGGCGCCCAGCCGAUCUUCAUCCGCCUUCUCCGGAAACGACAUGGCCCUGUCCCUGGCGGUUAGCACGUGCGAAUCCAUGCAGCCUCACGGGCCGUUGGCCCAGCUCACCGGAUCGCAAGACGAGCCGUCCGGCGACAUUGAGCUCUGCUCGCCGCCGCCGCCGCCGCCCUUGAUCGCCGCCGCCGCUGUCCCUGCGCCGGGCCCGGGAGCUGCCGAUGUCGACAUGGCGCGGCUGGGAUCGCCCUUCGUGGCUAGGAGCUACGGCCCCAGCGCGUCCAGCUCGCUCGCAGACAGCUUCGGCAUGGAUCUGGAGCCACAGGGGCCAAUGAGCAGCUCGGUGGGGACGCGACGGCGCAGCCUGGGCUCGCCGGCCCGGCUCAGCAGCAACAGCCGCGGCAGCACGCAGAAGCGCAGAUCCAAGCAGCAGCCUGCUGCUGUCGAGCCCCGGAGGAAGCGUCCUAGCCUCGGCUCGGACUUUUGGGUCGAUCCGUCCAACAUCGGGGCGUCGACGACGCAGGCCGCGCCGCUCUCGGCCGAGUUCAGCUCCACCACGUCCACCCAGCGGGAUGCGCUCUUCAUUCCCCGGACCAACCUGCAGGAGCUCUUUGAGGCAUCGCAGCCCCGCGUCGGCCCCGCGCCCAUCUCGUCGUCUGCUCCGAGCGCCGAACGCCUUGCCCCUGCCCUCUCCGCUGUGCCCGCCAGACUCGGCUCCCCCUUUUCUGCCGCCAAGGCGAGCUUCUCCUUCCCGGGACGGCGAUCGGCCAGCAUCUCCGCCAUUGACUUUAGCAUCAUCCGUCGGCCGUUUGCCACUGUCCAGCAGCCCGUCGAGUCGGAAUCCUCACCACCCAAGUCGUCUCUGCGAAGCCGUCUGGCCUAUAUCGACGAGCGACUCAAGGAUUUCCGCCGCCGCGACCGGCGAUCCCAAUCGCCCGUCUAA